UGCGCGCUCGAUGGAGAUUGAUGACCACCGGAAGAAUCAAAUCCCUGCUGCGGGACUCAAGGAGUCGGUUGCUCCUUUUCACCGGCGGAAACGUCACACCCGUAGUUCGCACUGGUUCCCUAUGAACAAAUCGCCGAGAAUAAAAAUGGGGCAGGGAGCAUCCAAUCUUAUACCUCAUGAGGGUAGACCCGACUUCAGUCGUGGUCAACCCGCCCCAUGCGCACAAUGAAGCGACCGAGGUUGAUGAUGGGAUGGAGCUUGUGUCCCCAGAUCAAAAGGCACCGGCACAUUGUCUGAAGAAGGAUCCCGACACCAUUGUCCAGGAGGGACGAGAUGUGGCCCAACCGGUCCUGGCCUCCCUGUCUCAAUCAGGCCUCCAAGAACCCAUACAUCAUCGGAAGCUGUUCCUUGAUGACUCGGAGGAGGAGAGUUCGUGGCGGUCGCUUCCCGGGAAAUCCAAGCAGCUGCCAAAGAAGGGGGCAACAGCGAAGGGACGCAUGCUAAUAAAGGCUACUGAGAAAUCCCAGCUCGAUGGCGGAGAGGGUCCUUCGAGGGCAGUAGCUCGCUCUUCCUCUCGGUGUCGCGGUGCUGGAAGAAAGAAGCAGGAGAGGAAUGCCCUUCAAGACCCGCAGUCGCGUGAUAUCGACACGGUGAAGGAGUCGGAGCAGGCACUGUCAGAGGAAAGUUUGCUCAAGAAAACUUGUCCUGCUCCUCCCAAUAAAAUAGGGUAUUCCUCUAACCUCGCGGAGGAAGCAGCUGACUCGGACACUUCCCUUUCGGAAGCGGGUGAUCCAUGCUUUGAGCUAAAGAGCCGCACGCCACUGUCAGGCCUGGCUCGAGGCCCUCGAUCCAUUGGUGGUCGAGUUCAGCAGGUUGUGGCGGCCUUUGAGACAGGGAUGUUGAUUAAUGCUGACGAACAACUGGGUGCGGCGGGGUUGGAGAGAGACCAGAAAUGCUAGGGCGAGGAGAUGGAUGUUACAAAUCCGAUUGAUGAGUGUGGCUCCUAUCUCUAGGAUCUGGCUCCUGCAAAUCAUAAGCGCUCUUUUGAUGAGUUGAAAGGGGAGCUUGGGGAGAACCCCACUCCAAAAAACAAUUUGUGGAGGAGGAUAUUGAGAAGGUGGAGGAAGCCAGCCUAAAAUGGCCCCAAGUGAAUAAAUGAGGCUACUUGCCUGGAACGUGAGAGGAAUUGCACCAUCACUCACGUUCCAAACAGCUGUCGAUUUAGUUUAUUCUAAUAAACCAGACCUUGUUUUCUUUUCGUAAACAAGAUCGCGUCGGAGGGUAGUUUCCCGCCGUCUGCGGGGGUUAGGGUUUAAUAAUUCAGAUUGUUUCUCUGUUGAUGCUGUCAAUGCAUCUGGUGGUCUUGUCUUAUCUUGGGCCCCCGAAGUUAACACUUUGGUUUUUUUUCCAUUCCGACUUAUGUAUUUGUACGCAGAUUAAUGAAGUAGAAUUUUUCUA